AUGGGUUUCCGCUAGAGGGCGCUGUAAGCUAACCUUUUCGAAGCUUUCCUCGUGUCAAUUAGUAAGUAAUUGAAUUAAACAUGACUGCUUUUCGAAGGACACAUGACUGUCCUGUGAUGACCCCCCGCCCCCUUCCCUACAAAGAGACUUGAAAGUGUCUUCAUGUUAUUUUGCAAUCCAAGGCAGAGAUAGUCUGAGAGGUUGAUUCUACAGCAAAUACAUCAUGCGUCUUUUAAGUUGUUUUCUCGUGCUCGCUGUGAGCACCACCCAUCUGUGCGAUGCAGGGCCACUCCACGCACAGUGCAGAGCAGACUGGUACUUUGGGAUACGCUGUCAAACAGUCUAUGAAGCCCUCGUUUCACAGAUUAAGAAAUGGCAAGGCAGAGAUGGAUGCAAGAUGGGUGGGCAGAGAUGCCUUUACAAACUCAAGUCCUCCUCGGUCCACUUCAUAGCUGCCAAGCACACCUCACCCUUACGGGGAAACGUUGAUGACAUCAAUUUCCGGCUGGUCUCCUAUCCAUUCAUCGUCAGUUGCCGCGUCUCGGCCAUGUCGGUGUCCGAGAGCUGGUACCGAGUUAAAGACCACGGCGCCAAUUACUGUAACCUGUACAACCUCAUGGAGGGGAGUGGGUUGACCCAGGCCAGUGGUUACAGAGAGGUCACCAGUGACUUCAUGUGCACGCAGCGCUCCACUGCCAACUGCACUGUCGACGAGCGCUAGCACUGCCCAACAGAGGCCACCGCUUCAUCAUGACGUCUUCUGUUGAACUCUUUCAAAUAUCUCAAUGAAAAUUUAGAAAUGUAAUUAUUUCGUUUUUGGUUGAAUCUGCUAUAUCCUUUCAUGCAUUUCAGUCAAAAUAUACAUUUUAAAAAGUCUCUCAGUAAAUAGUUUGAUGGUACUGUAAGUGUAUUUUGGCAACAGGGUAGCAGAAUAAAAUAAUGAGGAUUACAAGUCUAAUUUUAUAAAGGAUACACUUUCACACCUUCAACAUUUGCAUACUUGUGUUCUCAUUUUGGAAUAUUGCUCAGCCUUCGUGGCCUAUUUUGCUUCUUUUUGUCUAAUUAUGAGUUACUGUGAUUGUGAAUCAAAAUUAUAUUAUAUUUUAAGAUUAAGUCCUCCAUGUAUCGAAAUGUCGAUGAUGUUUAAUUAAGUGUAUGCAUUUCAUAGAUUUAAACGGAUUGACCAGACAUCUGUAAAUUGUAAUUUGUCUAACUGCCCCGGAGUCAGACGAGUUGUUUAGUUCCAAAUUCUUCAUUGUGAGUCUACUGUAACUCUGCAAGUUACAGAAGACGCACAAUGUCUACUGUAACUUGCAGAGUUACAGUAGCCUAGCUCCUGUUCAUGCGAUUGGGAUACUCUAUGAAUUACUUUACGAUUUCUACAUUUUAUUUGUGUUCCGAAAAGUUGCUUAUUCAAAACAAGUGCCGUUAACAGCACAAAAAAAUCGAAGUUUGUCUACAAAUAAACAGAUAAGAGGAGGCAGCGUGACAUGUCUUUCUCCACAUUACUUUUUUUUCCAGAAUAGAUACUUAAUAAGACGAUUAUGUGAUUAUAUGAUUACAAUAAAAAUGUUGUAUUAAUAAUAACAGACGUAGCGCAUUCACUUUAAAUACUACCCAUCCAGGCCUUAUUGAUGUCAUUAUUUACGAGAGAGUGAGAGAGAGACCGAAAGACAGACAGAGAAGGUAGAGAAAAAGAGCUCUCAGCCUUUGUGUGUGGAGCACAGGCUAGCUUUUAUUAAGGGAGCAAUAUGCUCAUCUGGGCUUCACCAUCCAUCACUCUGGACCGGACAGUGUCUCCUUUCGGCUCUCUGGUGCCUCUCUCCUGUUUUCCUCGGCUCAAGUGAAAUCGGCCUGGACCACACAGUUACACACUGCAUCAACACCGAAUGACAAUGCAAUCAAACACUCAAUACAUCGCCUGAAACACACACAUGCACACAUACACAAGCAAACACACACACACACACACACACACACACACACACACACACACACACACACACACACACACACACACACACACACACACACACACACACACACACCCAUGUGCGCACGCACGCACACACACACACACACACACACACACACACACACACACACACACACACACACACACACACACACACACACACACACACACACACACACACACACACACACACACACACUCAC